AUAUGUUGUGACCGAGCGCCACGCAUGAUCGAAGAGAUCAAGCGUCGUGACUGUAAACGCUCAAAACUUAAACCUGCCUGAAUGACGCCCGUGUGUGUUUAGCAGUAGAUAUCUUGGCAGACGACGAUGCUGAGGUAGCGCAUUGCGAGUGUUGAAAUUUUCAUCAUAAGUUUUAUUGUUUAUUUCUUCAAACGUUGCGAUGGCGAAAGGAAAAUCAUCGAACCAGUCGACCAGCGGUGCCAAAAGUGACAGCGUCUGGGUCAGGGCAUUCACCGCUAAUUCAGAAUGGCCAGAUAAGGAGGAGUUUUUAGAUGUUAUUUACUGGGGAAGGCAGAUCAUUGGAAUCAUAAUUGGAAUUGUGUGGGGAUUAUUUCCUCUAAGAGGAUUUUUGGGCUUGUUUUUGUUUGCAAUUGUUAAUGCUGGUAGUUUAUAUGUAUACUUUAAUAGUUUUCAACAAGUAGAUGAAGAAGAAUAUGGCGGUGCAUGGGAACUUACUAAGGAAGGUUUCAUGACAUCGUUUGCAGCAUUUUUAGUCACAUGGAUUAUAAUAUACUCAGGACUGCAUUUUGGCUAAAAAGUG